GCUUCAAGUAUUAACAAAUCGGAACUAUUCAAAGUGAGAGAAUUCAAUGAGAACCAUACAUGUCCGCUGAAGGACAAGGUGUAUGAGCAGCGGCAGGCUAGUAGCAGCCUUAUAGGUGGUAUGAUAAGGCCUAAGCUUACAAACCAUAAGAGGAAAUACACUCCAAGGGAUAUUAUUGAUGAUGUGAAAUCAGAUUUAGGUGUAGAUGUUAGCUACAUGUUGGCGUGGAGGGCUAAAGAAAAGGCAAUNAGCAAUGAAUUUUCUGAGAGACCCAUUAUUGUUGUGGAUGGAAGUCACCUAAAAUCUUACUACACCGGGACAUUCGUUUCGGCAAGCACGUUGGAUGGUGCAGGUCAUAUAUUGCCACUAGCAUAUGGUGUUAUUGAUUCAGAGAACGAUGUUGCUUGGACGUGGUUCUUUGAGCAAUUCAAGAUAGCAUACGAUGAAAGGGAAAACAUGUGCAUCGUUUCAGAUAGAAAUGAGAGUAUCAUUAAAUCUGUAUCGAGAGUGUAUCCAGAUGUACCGCAUUUUGCUUGUAUAUGGCAUCUAUGGAACAACGUAUAUAAGAAAUUCAAAAAAAGCCAUGCCAAGUUGAGCGAGAUAUACUUCUCUAUGUCAAAAGCAUACACACAAGCUGAAUUUGACAAUCUGAUGGAGAAGGUAGAUAUUAGGGUGAAAGAAUACUUAGAGUUAGCUGGUUACGAAAAAUGGACUAGGUUGUAUGCACCUGUUAACAGGGGAUGGACAAUGACGUCAAAUAUUGCUGAGUCAAUCAAUGUCGCACUAGUUUCAACAAGGGAAUUGCCAAUAUACGACUUCCUCGAAGAAGUUAGGAAGAUGUUUGGACAUUGGAAUUUUAGUAACCGCAAAGAAGCUACACAGACAUACACGACGUUUGGAAAAAAAUACCAAGAGAUGCUGACUUUGAAUGAGGAAAUGUCUACAUGUAUGACUUAUGAUUCUAAUGCUUAUGUUAGCAUCCUGUUGCCUAAAGUACAACAGAAUUCUGAUAAGUUCUGCACUAAUAGCAGUUGGUAUUGUGCUGGUCUAAAUAUUGAUGUGGUACCAUCAACUGAAUACUUACAUACGUUUAACGAUGGUGGGAGGAAUUACACAGUCUGCCUAUUAGAGAGAAAAUGUGUUUGUGAGAGGUUCCAAGUUGAUGAAUUGCCAUGCCCACAUGCUUGGGCUGUAUUGAAGAUCAAGUUUCUAAUGCCAGAAGAAUAUUGCUCUAACUAUUACAAACCAAAUAAAAUUGUAAUGACAUAUGAUUUGCUAGUGUACCCGCUACCGGACAGAAAUGACUGGAAUAUACCAGAACAUGUUGCAGAGGAGGUUGUACUACCCCCCAAAUGGAAAAGACCUCCUGGAAGGCCAAAGAAGAAGCGCGAUAAAACAUUAAGUGAAUUGUUGCAGCCAAAAAAUCAACAUUCAUGUAGAAUAUGUGGGCAGAGAGGACAUAACAAGCGAACGUGUAGAAAUGCUCCACGUAAUAAUAGUUAA